AUGCAUCGGUCAUCGUCAGCAGGCACUUUAAAUGUGGCGGCAUCGAUGACCGAUGAGGCGGGCCAGGACUCACCUGUGAGAUUCAGUGAUAAGUGCAUCAUUAGACCUACAUGUCACAACAAGUUCAAGCCCACGGCAAAGCUCGAACCGAUCCCAUCAUUCUCGGCAUAUGAUAAAGAUGAGAUAGAAUGCAAGGAAGGUGAGGAAAAUGAUGAGGAAUUUAGUUUUCCUGCAAUGGGAGGCCAUGAUCCGGACAACGGCGAAGUGAACAAGAUUGGAGUGUUCAGAUCACUCAGCAAUUUGUAUGGGAGAGGCAGCUACUUCCCAUCGUCGUUGGAGAAUCAGAUCCCAUGGCCCAGUCCGAGUGCUUUGUAUAUGGCCACUGGAUUGGGCAUUGACCACCCGCCAGCGAUGAACAAAUUAAAUAAGAUUGAUGAUGAGAGGUUGCAGCAGCACUACGAGAAGAUCAUAAAGGAGGAUCCAUGCAACCCGCUUGUAUUGAGAAACUACGCUCGAUAUCUACAUGAGACAAAGAGAGAUUACAAGAAAGCAGAGGAAUUCUACUCGAGGGCGAUCCUAGCAGGGCCAGAUGAUGGCGAAGUUCUAUCAGAGUAUGCCAGCUUAAGCUGGGAAGUUAACAGAGAUGAAAAUAAGGCCUUCGAUUGCUUUCAGCAGGCCAUCCGACUCUCUCCAGAGGACAGCCAUGUACUUGCAGCAUAUGCAUCUUUCUUGUGGGAGUCGGGUGAAGGUGAUGCAGACCAACCAAGAUAUGACGACACCAGCCAACCUUGCUGUGCAAAACCCUAGUUAGCAGG